AUGGAUAGGGCAGAAAGAAAUGUUGCCAGAAUUUCAGAAUUAUCAACAAACACAAAGAAUUCCAAAGACUGCAUAAAUGAAGGCAAAAUAGACUUUUCACUGAAGUUUAAAUUCGGAGAAAACUUAUUAUUUAAUGUGACAAAAACUAAAUCGUCUGCUUUAAAUAGACCUGUAUACGUUAUAAGAAAGGAUCCAAAAGGAAAUCUAUAUGUAAAACAAGAAGCAUUACUGGACAUUCAGAACGUGCAAUUCUAUGUUGAUCCUAAUCAUGGAGCCUAUCUAUCAUUCAAUUGUAUACAAGACAAUACAGGAAUAUAUCAAUUAUAUCUUACCGGUACAUUCGUCCAUGAUGGUGUGGAAUUUACAUUAUCUCCAGGAAAUAAACAAAUUGUCUCUAACCAAGAAACAUGGUAUACAGUUGAGAGACGACUACAACUUCCAUCUGGACAUCAUGAUUACGUUCCACUAACACAAGAAAUCCCAGCGAAACAUAUCGACAGAAUAAGAGGUCAACUUGAAGUUCAUCGUUCCAAAAGACAAGUCAAGAUCACACAGCCUUUCAUCAUAGACGUAUUGGUAGUAAUAGACUAUUCCAUAUACAAACGAUGGUUGUCCAAAACAAAAAAUGACAGAACUGCAAAAGAUGAAAUUAGAAAAUAUUUUUCUCAUUUUAUGAAUGAGGUUGAUAUGAGAUACCAGUCGAUACGAGACGAUGAGAUUAAUAUCAACAUACAAGUAACGGCAUUUCUUAUAGCAGACAAUGAACAGGCUUAUCCAUGGAGUGAAGUUAGGAAAGAGAAGUCUGCAACUAGAGACAUAUUGAAUGCUGAUGCAGGAUUGCGAGACUUUCGUUCUUGGGUUGCUAACACUGUUAAUUUACCUCUACAUGAUCAUGCCAUUUUAUUUACCGGUUAUAAUUUGUAUACAGAGGUGAACAAAUACAAACUUUUACACACAGCUGGUUUAGCUUUCAUUGGCUCCUUAUGUAGACCAAAUGGAGAUAGUGUUUCUAUAGUAGAAGACAAUGGUGGAUUUCAAAAUGUUGGUACUGCUGCACACGAGCUAGGACAUAGUCUUGGUGCCUUGCAUGAUGGUGAGAAAAAUGGAUGCCUGUCUUCUGACAGAUACGUUAUGGCGACAUCUACAAAUCAGACGAUCCCAGUAGAGAAAAGAAUCAACCAAUGGCAGUUUUCGCGGUGUUCUGUUGAAUAUUUCCGUAGUUUUAUAUCUGAUUUAAUGAGCAAAGGUGCUACUUGCUUGACAGAGAGUUUUACAGAUGCUCGAGUUGUGGACUCGAAAAAUAUGCCAGGACAAGUCUUUACUCCAAACCAGCAAUGUCAGCAGAUAUGGGGAAAUCAGUCUUACAUUUGUCAGGGAACAGAAUUUGGAAAUGCCAGUAGUAUAUGUACCUCUAUGUACUGCCUUGAUCCAAGUACGGAUAACGACUGUGUACUACAAACAGCAGUUAGAGGAACAUCUUGUGGCUUUAGAAAGUGGUGUAUUGAAGGCCAUUGUAUUUACUCUGAUGAUGCUCCAGAAAAAGAUGAUAAAUGCCCACAUGGUGAUCAGCCUGGCGUAGCAUUUGUCGGACAAACAUGCGAGGAUCUUGUGAGUACGACACCAGCAUAUUGUUAUCAAGAAAAGGUCAGAAGCAGAUGUUGUGCUUCAUGUGCAAAGCUUUUUACCUGGCAAGCAGGUUGUGAGUAUGGUGAUAGAGUAAAGGGUUGUCAGCCAUGGCACUGCACAAUCAAUACCCAAGAUACACGUGACCUCAAGUCAGAGUGUUGUUCUACAUGUAAAACAGGUAUCUCUAUUCCAGUCACACAGAGACCUACAUACACAAUUAGUCCAUAUACUACAAAGGCUCCGCCAGUAACACCUGAUAUGCACCCAUGUGAGGAUAUUGCUACUAUCAAUGGAUACAUGUGCGAAAAUUUUAUCGAAAAAUAUGGCAGACAUGUGUGUUACGAUGGUGUUGUAGAAUCCCAUUGUUGUCAGUCUUGCAAAAGAACACAGAUUGGACAUAAAGAUUGCUUGUAUGGUGACAAAAACCCUUCAUUGUGCCAACAUCAUGCAGAAAAUCAGACAUCCAUUUGUGGUGCUUUAAAAGAUUACUGUUGCCAUUCUUGUAGUUUGACCUUAGGGUUGAACUCAGGCUCAUCCAUAGUUACAUGGACAAUUUUGUCCAUGGCAACCAGUUUAAUAGCUUUAAUAAAUCUAUAAUUUUAAUACAAUUUAAAACCUACUGUAACAGUGCCAAACAUGUUUUGCUUUUUUAAACAGACUGCUAGUCAUUUUUAUUUGUUUUAAAAUGUUGUUACCUAAUAUUGUAUAUUUUUGUUUACAUCUUUAAGGAUUGAUGUAUGUUGGUCAGUAAUGUGUACUAUAAAUUUACAGAAAUUUCUUGAAAUCAUUAGUGUAUUACCUAUGCAAUUAGAGCAUAACAUUUGUUGACAACGGCCACUGGACGUAAAUCAAACACCAAUCAAUCAUUGUCGCAAAUAUGUUGUAUAAACUUAUAUAUAAAAUUAAUAUUAUAAGAGCAUAUCCCAAAAUAGAAAAAGAUAAGGCAUCAAUUAAAAAAACAUUGUCGCCCUCCAUUCAUUUUAUUGACUGUAUGCAAAUGCAACUAAUCAGCUAUUUUGCGAUGACAUGAGGAACACGACUGCCGCCAUGAGCUGAGCAGGAACUGCUUACACUUCUGGAAUACCUUAUUUGACAAUGGCUUUUUUGUUGCAGUUUAAAUGGCUAAAGCGAAUUUUCUUUGCUUUUUGUGGACUGUUGUCUUUUAGAUUUUCGUCUGCCUGUCAUCAACCUGUUUUUAUGGUCCCUUUAGUAUCUUCUGACUUCUUGAUUACCCAGAUUUAGCAUUAGUUACAUAAGAGUAUAAUGGAAUAUCUAAUAUAUAUUAAGUGACAACCAUGAAUGAGUCGGCCGUUUGAGGCAUCGAAUAUGAAGCUAAUGUACAAAUCCUGAAAUAUACUUGAAAAUAUGCAAUUAGAGACAAGCCUAAAAUUAUUUUAAUUCUAGUCUUUUUCAUUAUGCGUUAUGCAUC